GCCAAAAUUCUCUCUCAAAAAACAAUUUCCAUAAUCCAUCCCAUAAUAAAAGUUUUAAUCAUAAUCCUAAUUCUAACACAAUUCUAUAUCUGAAACCGAUUACCAGAUCCUUUUUUAUUAUUACAAACAAAAUUCAUUCUUCUCUUAAAAAAAAACUCGAAUUAAUUGAAAGAAAAAGAUGGUUGCAGAAGCAGUAGAGAUUAUGUGUGAAAAAAGCACUACGACUAUAUGUUCUGUUCAAUUCAAUAUUUCUGUUCCUAAAUCCGACGUCGUUUCACCUGAUUCCGCUUCCCUUUCUAUUGAUCUCCUUUCUCAUCAGACUGUGAGCUGUACCUUGGUGGAUUCUUCUUCAACAAAGUUCAGUCCUAGCAUUCGGUCUGGGAGUCAUACAGACAUUGGACCUCGUAGAUCUAAUGAAGACGAACACAUUCGAAUUGAUGAUUUAUCUAAGCAGCUGGGUGCCCUUUACCAGUGGCCACUUCCAAGUUCAUUCUAUGCUGUUUUUGAUGGUCACGGAGGCUCUGAAGCCGCAUCCUUUCUUAAAGAUCAUGCCAUGAAGUUAUUCUUCAUGGAUUCUGAUUUGCCACAAUCUUCAGAUAUUGACGACUUAUUCCUACAGGAGUUAAUAGAUUCUCAUUGCAAAGCGUUUUUACUGGCUGACCAAGCUUUGGCUGAUGAAUGUAGCAUCAGUGAUUAUUGCGGGACUACAGCUUUAACUGCUCUGAUUCUCGGUAAACAUUUAUUGAUAGCAAAUGCUGGUGACUGCCGAGCAGUUCUUUGUAGGAAUGGUCUGGCAAUACAAAUGUCAGAAGAUCAUAGGCCAAGCUACUUGGAGGAAAAGACAAGGGUUGAGGCUUUAGGUGGUUUUAUCGAGGAUGGCUACCUCAACGGCGAACUGGCAGUUACUCGAGCCCUGGGAGACUGGUACAUGAAAUCACCAAUUGGAUCUGAAUCCCCUCUCACUGCUAAACCGGAUGUGAAGCAAAUGGUUUUGACCGAAGAUGACGAGUUUUUGAUUAUCGGGUGUGAUGGGAUUUGGGAUGUGAUGUCAAAUCAAGAAGCGGUUGGCCUUGUCAGACGUCAGCUGAGACUAUAUGAUGACCCUAGUCAAUGCGCUAGAGAGCUUGUUAAUCAGGCUUUACAUCGUGACACAUGUGACAAUCUUACUGCCAUUGUUGUUUGCUUAUCGUCAUCAGGGCGUGAAGUGGGUCGUCAAAGACCGAGGUUUAGAUGCAACAUGACAGAAGAAGCCCGAGAAAGACUUCGAAAUCUGCUGGAAGGCAACUAAAUAUAGGAAUAGGAUUUUCAUUUAAACCUCUGUUUUAUGGCUGCUUCAGGCGAGAAUUAGAAAAAGCAGCCUUCAGUUUUGUAGUAGGAAAGCACCUUUGAUUCUGGAUUUAUAUUAUUGUGUUUGUUGAAUUGUGAUGAUCUUUUUAGUUAUUUCUGAUUUAUA